AUGGCAGGGAGUGGGAAGGUCGAGGUUUCUUUCGUGGACAAUUAUGCAAUUCUUUCCAUGAAAAAUGGAGAAAACCGAUUAAAUUUAGAAUUUUUUAAGGAAUUCUAUGCUGCUCUGGAUGAGAUCGAAAGGUAUUUAUAAGCUGCGUAAUUGUUUAAAGACUUCAGAGCCCUGUUAGUGUUAACCUGAACAGGAACGUUACAGCGAAGGUUAAUUUCUCCAGAAUGAUGAGCUAUGCGUGUUUAUUGGAACAUCUUGAGAAAAAAUAGGCUGUUUAAGUGUAAUUUUACCCGCUGAGCCAACACAACGAAGUAUAUUUGAUAUCUAAAUCUUUUUAAGAUGUUUGCAUAACUGCCUUGGGUGAGUGAGUGAUCCGAAUGAAAGUUACGUCACUCACCCCCCUCUGCCCCAAGAUGAGCGAUCUCAUCUCGAAACAAAGUCACCCUGCUCUUACAGAAAUAUGUCUACAGUCAUUUUAUCAUGAUCAUUAUGAAUGGUCCCUUUAGCUUGUUUCAAACAUAGUCCUCCAUAUUGAAUUUUCGUUUUCAGGAAUGAAAAGGUUAAAUUUCUGAUCACCACUGGAGAUAAAAAAUUUUACUCAAAUGGGCUAGAUCAAGAAUUCCUUGCGACAUGUACUCCAGAGGAGUUCAUAGAAACCACAUCUUUGCUUCAUAAAGUCUUGGCAAGAUUAUUAUCAUUUCCCAUGUUAACAGUGGCUGCAUUAAAUGGUACAGUAUUGCCAAUUAGACUUCUUAUACUGUGUGUGGACUCCUUAAUGGUACAAGGAGGUUAUGUUAUUCAAUUUUUUUUUCUUGGUUUCAUUUGGUUUCAAGUUUGAUUGCAGCUUAUCAAUACUAUUGAAAGUCUAAAGGUUGUUAGAAAAAAAACCAUCAGCUAAGGAUAUAAUUUUAUUUUAUUUUAUACAAAUUCUAAAAGUUGGUUUACAAGAAAUGUUUGCAAGGUGGUGGAGAUAAUUAAUGUAUAGAUUUUAGAUGUUAAAUGUGGGUUAAUAUCAGUAUCAUUUUCUCCAUGUUCACAACACAAUAUAACAAUAUAUUGAUGUUCCUACAGUUUUCUUUUUAGUUUUCAUUCAUGUUCUUGUGUCACUAGUGUGAACCAGGUUUAACUGUGUCGUUUCGUGGAUGAAAAUCAUGAUAGCUAGUCCACUGAGUAGCCUGAUCAUUGGACAGAUGUUGACAAAUUCCAGCUCACUUGCAUUAGACCAACAAGCCAUGUUUAAGUUGGUUGUUUUCCUUCUCUGUUGUGUACUAUAGGACAUACCUUUGCUGGUGGAGCACUAUUAGCCCUUGCACAUGACUACAGAGUUAUGAGAACCAAGAAAGGUUGGUUUAGCUUUCCAGAGGUCAAGUAUGGCAUGCGUUUUGGUAUUGGAAAUAACCUGUUGAUGAGGUAAUUAUGCUUGUCUUCUAGUUUGAUUUGGCCUCCCUUAUUGAGGGAAUUAACCAAUCUGAGCUGUUUUACCCAUUAAAGAUACCCAAGACAGCUUAAGGUAACAAUGAUUCAAAGUAUUAGUUCUUGGGAUACUAAAUAUUCCCUGUCUUAAUGGCUGUGAACAAAUCCUGAACUCUUCAGGUGAUGCCUUAUCCACCUAUGACUAGCACGCUAAGGUAAUAAAGAUGUCAAAAGUUUUUUUCUUUUUCAAAUGAAAUCACCCCCUUUCCCACCUUGGUAAUUAUGGGAUUUUUGGACUGGUCUGAGUAUCCUUCCCAAUUUCAAAUGGGAUUCCUAAUAUCACUUUCAGUGAGAUUCCCCUCACUUCCCCCCUCUCCCCUUUGAAAAUACAGGAUUUUCCCCCCAGUAUGAGUUCCUUCCUCAUAUGAAUCUCAUCCCCUCCCUCCUUCCCCCCCCCCAUGGAUUUUUCCUAUGGUCUCAUAAAUAUUGAAUAACUCCUAGCAUAUACUAUCCCACACUUUCAUCCCUAUGGAGUCCUCCCCAAUUUCACCACACCUUUUGCAAGCAUUUCUUAGUUCAUGGCAUCCUUUUACUUCUUCACAUGUGCCAGAGGGAAGAUAAAGGACCCCAAAGUAAUUGCAGAUGCUGUAUUCAUGGGACGACGGUUUGAAGCAGAGGAGGCUCUGGCUGGUGGGAUUGUCCAUGAAAUCUGUGAUAUUGAAAAACUUCUAGAUACAGCCAUACGGAUGGGAAAGGCGGCUGUAGGCAAUAAUAACUUCAACAGAAAUAGUGUUAUGCAUUUAAAAUCAGAUUUCUAUAGUGACAUCAUUAGUGGCCUUCAAAGUGAAAUUUUAACCGGCAAAGGGCUUCUGAAGAGCUUUGAAUUUUUUGGAAGAAAGUCAAAACUCUAAAAGAGGAUUUGGCCUAUUGUAAAAACUCCAAAUCAAACAUUGUGAUAGGCGUAAUUGUAUUAAUUUGAACUUUUCCCGAGAGACAUGCUUUGUGAUCAUAGAUGACGUAAGGAGAUGUGGUGACCGGAAAGAUUUUUCUCGUUAACGCGAAGCACUUCCAUAAGUAACGAAGUUUGGAAACCGGUUAUAAGGAGUUAUUCCAAGGAAUCAAGGCGGGCUCUUUUGAGAACGAUCACCUUAUAACUCUAUAGCGUUUUAAAACAAAGUGGCAGUCACAGAGGCAAUCCUGUGUUUAUAGUGUCGUACCUUUUUCCGGACUCGUACCCUUGUCGCUAUUUACGUAUUGUGUUAGAAGAGAAGACUGGAUACGAGGAUGGAUUGAGGUGAGCAGGGUGUCAAACAGGGCCAGUCCACAAAACCAGAAGCUACAGCCCCUACUUUUUGCGAAAAGUGCGCGGGUUCCUUAACGUCCCUUGCGAACCAGUACGGGAGAGAAGAUGCAGGAGACGGGGCUUAGGGUUUAUCGUCCUUAUCCGAGAUCACCGGAAUGUCAAACCGUUUUCAGAUGUCGUAGCUUAGGCAACACAUUUUCCUCAAUUAAUUUAAGACCCUGAGUGUUGAUCAUAUCUGGGGCUUGAACCUCGACCUUCCGCACGGCAGUCCAGCGCUCUAUGAAUAAGUUAAUCAAGCGCUGCUUUAAUAAGUAUCACUCCGUCACACUUCUUGACACGUGUCAGGUACUAAAUGAACCAUUUGAACGAUUCAGUGAAUGUUGAUAAUAAAAAUGAUUUCAUUUCAGGAAGACUUCGAAACAUAUUUAAAGCAGGAAACGGUUGAGCGCAAUUGGUUUUUACUAUUUUUGCAAAUGGUUUUGUUCUUAAUGUGCUUUGUAAAGUUACAACUGAUGAAUAAAUUACUUGAUAUGGGAA